AUGGCUGAGGUCGCCGCGGCUGCGUUCAUCGAGGACGACGUCUAUGGGCGCUUCAUGUUCCCCCACCGUCGCGACUAUCCCCGACUACAUCACUCAGUGCGCAUCGCAUACGCCAUCAAAGCCCGAUCAUGCUGGGAGCGCAUUGGACCCGGGGCUGCGGCUCGGGCGAACCCGCUGGAUCUACGUAAGUUCGCCGGAACCAGCACCGAAGGGUCUACAGGGUGCUACAGUACGGCGCCAGAAAUCGUUCUGCGGACCCGGAGCACAUCAAGGUGUUCAAGGACGCUUAUGCCCUAUGCUGCGCACCUCUGGUCCGGAGGUCGCGAGGAGGCAUGGAAUCUCGACAUCCUCUGUACGCACCCUGACUUUGAGGGCAAGAAGCACGGCAGCUUCCUUGUCACAGUGGGGGAGGCUGAGGGAGACGGGGUUUGCACGUCGGUGAUUGCUCCAUGGGGUAAGUUUGGGUUCAAGGGGGCCGGAAGAGCGGAUGUGGGGCCGAUCGCUUGGGUCAGCACUAUCAUAUUUAGGGACAAGAUUACAACUAUCAUAUUUAGGGACAAGAUUACAAGGGGACGGCGUCGAUGAGAAGGGGACGGCGUCGAUGAGACGGAAGACAAGGAAGAGAAGGAGGGAUAGGAAAGUGAUCCGGGGGCAGGUAAAGACCCGCAGCUGUGGGUUACAUACAUAUAUAUAUGGAUCGCAAAUAGCGGCGCUGCUCUCGAUGCUACUAUGCCCGAGCCCGAUAUAGUAAG